AUGAAGAACUUUUUAGCCCUUUUGUUUAUUACUAUCGCUUUAAUUGCAUCGUUCACCGUUGCCCAUGAUGAUUAUAAAGAAGAUUAUGAAAAACCAAAACAUCAAGAAAUUCAUGUUACAAGCCCAGGUUCUGGUCCAUGGGCCAUCGGUUCCACUCAAUCCGUCAGCUGGUGGUCUCUCUCUAUUUCAACAGAAUCUCUGGUUAUAAUUGAAAUUAUUUGUAAAGGAUCCGGCAAAGUUGUUUACUCUGGUGAAGGCUCUUGUGGAACCGGAAACCAUGAUUUCGUUGUUGGUAAAUGGGAUACUGAAGACAAAUAUUUCCCCGUCGUAUAUCUCAAAGAUGACAAAACAUGCAAGGGAGAGGGCAGUAUAUUUACGAUCUUCAAGACUGAUGAAUAUGGAAGUUACUACUAG